AUGGGUUCAUCUCUUUCACACCUUGACUUAAGGAUGAAUAAUUUUCAUGGUAAAAUACCAGAAAAUUUUGCUAAACGUUGCACGUUACUAAGUUUUCGAAUCAACAACAAUCAAGUCGAAGGGUCGCUACCACGAUCUUUGGGUAAUUGCAAAGAUUUGAAGCUUCUUGAUGUUGGGAACAACUAUUUAAAUGACACUUUCCCGAAGUGGUUACGAAAUUUGGAUCAGCUACAAGUUCUUAUCUUGAGAUCAAAUAGAUUUUAUGGACAAGUGGAUGGCUCUGAUAGUAGUACGGUUUCCUUCACUCGUUUACGUGCCAUUGGUGUUUCUCAUAACAACUUCAGUGGCUGCUUACCUACGAACUUUUUUGAAAAUUUACAUGCCAUUAGAGAAGGGAAUGGAAAGAAAGACAAAGCAGAGUACAUGGUAGAUGUGUUAGCAGGUUUUGAGUGGAAUUAUGCCUUUGAUUUAUCUUUUACAACAAAAGGAUUGGAAACAGAGGCUACUCUGUCUGCCAACAUCACCACUGAUGAAUUCGCACUUUUAGCCUUAAAAUCCCAUAUAACUCAUGAUCCGCACAACCUACUAGCAACCAGCUGGUCCACUUCUAUAUCUGUUUGCAAUUGGAUUGGUGUCACUUGUGGAUCCAGACACCGCAGAGUCACUGCUCUGAAUUUGUCAAGUAUGGAUCUCACGGGCACCAUUCCAUCUCAAUUGGCAAAUUUAUCUUUUCUUGGCUGGCUCGACAUUCAUCACAAUAGUUUCCAUGGCUCUUUACCUACCGAAUUAACUAAUUUGCAUCGAUUGAAAUAUUUGGACUUUGGUAGCAACAACUUCACUGGUGUUAUCCCAUCUACUUUGGGCAAUUUGUCAAAAUUAGAAACGCUGGUCUUGCUUAAUAAUUCUUUUUCAGGACAUCUAGAGUCUGGAAUAUUUGAUAACAUGUCUAAAUUGCAAGUAUUAAGCUUGGCUGGGAAUCAAAUUUCUGGUAGCAUUCCUAAUAGUUUAUUCAAGUGCAAAGAGUUGAGGUAUUUAUCAUUGUGGAACAACUCUAUGGAAGGAAGUAUACCUAUAGAAAUCGGAAAUUUGACUAUGCUCCAAUCUUUGUAUCUUGGUUUCAACAACUUCAAAGGCCAUCUAGAGUCGGGAAUAUUUGAUAACAUGUCGAAAUUGCAAGUUUUAAGCUUGGCUGAGAAUCAAAUUUCUGGUAGCAUUCCUAAUAGUUUAUUCAAGUGCAAAGAGUUGAUGUUUUUAUCUUUAUGGAACAACUCUAUUGAAGGAAGUAUACCUACAGAAAUCGGAAAUUUGACUGUGCUCCAAUCUUUGUAUCUUGGUUACAAUAACCUCAAAGGUGAAAUUCCAUCUGUUAUUGGAAACCUUACUUCUCUUAAGCAUAUUGGCCUUUCUCAUAACAACUUCUCAGGUGAAAUUCCAUCGGGUAUUGGAAAUCUUACUUCUCUUGAAUUGAUUGACCUUUCUGAAAACAACUUAAAAGGUUCUAUUCCUUACUCAAUCUUCAACAUUUCCUCGUUGCAAGUUAUUUCAUUGGCAUACAACAAUCUCUUUGGUUAUUUCUCUUCCGAUAUGUUUGAUUAUCUUCCUCGAUUACAUUAUCUUAAUUUGGAAUAUUGUCAACUUUCUGGAAGAGUUCCAAUGAGUUUAUUCAAAAACAAAGAGUUAAACUUUUUGUUUUUGGAUAGUAAUAAUUUGGAGGGAAUUGUGCCAGUAGAAAUCUCAAAUUUGACUUCACUCAAGUAUGUCUCUAUCGAAGAUAACUACUUAUCAGGAAAAAUUCCAUCAGUUAUUGGAAACUUAACUUUUCUCGAGGAAUUUGAACUUUCUGAUAAUAACUUAACAGGCCAAAUUCCUUCCUCAUUAUGCAAUCUGAGUUCCCUUAAGGUUCUUUUCUUAUACAAGAAUAGUUUGGACGGAGAAAUUCCAGAUUGCAUUGGAAACAUGAGUUCUCUUUGA